GCAUUGUUUGUUCGGUUGACUUCUUCAGUACUGAUAGCUGAAGAAAGCUAUACUGAAGCUUCGCUGGUCGUCAUAAUUACAUUUAGUGUCUAAAAUAUUUCUAACAUAUAACGUUGCUGAAAUAUCAGGCACACCCCUGCAUCGUACUGUAUACAGGUUUAUUGUCAGGACUUCAGUAUGACUCAGUGACUGGAUCUCCAUAUUAGCAAACAGAAAAUGGCAACUGCCAAAAAAGCUUCCUCUAAGGCAGGGGGCAUUCGCUUUGCUGAAGCAGAUGCUGCUGCUCACUCCCACGUGCACUUUGAUGAGAAGCUGCACGACUCUGUUGUCAUGGUGAUUCCUGAGUCUGAUGGAAACUUUAUGGUCAAGGUUGGCUUUCUGAUGACUCAACACAGGUAUGAAAUUGACUUCACACUGCCAGAGGACCCAGAGCUUGGCAUAGAUGUAUGUCCAGCUCCUGUGCCCAACCCAUACCUUCAGAUUAAACAUCUUUCUGCAGCUCCCAAUGGAGGUUUUAAUGUGACCUGUGAGUAUGUGGCUCAUAAGGAAGGGGUGCUGUGUGAGGAGGUGCUAAUAGUCAGUGAGAGCAAAGAGGAUGUGUGCCGGAAAGUGAAAGUUCAUGCACGUGUUAUGGAUCGACACCAUGGGACACCGAUGUUGUUAGAGGGGGUACGAUGUGUUGGAACUGAACUUGAGUAUGACUCAGAGCAGAGUGAUUGGCAAGGAUUUGACUAAUUGGUGACCUUUUCCUCCCUGAUGUUUUCAUUGGUACAUUGUAAUUGUUGGAAUAAAUAAACACACACACACACUGUGUAUUUACAGUA